ACAGUACAGGACACAGGUGGUCGGUGCACACAGCGGGGACAGUUCAGAACAAGGGUGGUCGGUGCACACAGCGGGGACAGUUCAGAACAAGGGUGGUCGGUGCACACAGCGGGGACAGUUCAGAACACGGGUGGUUGGUGCACACAGCAGGCACAGUUCAGGACACAGGUGGUCAGUGCGCACAACAGGGACAGUUCAGGACACAGGUGGUCAGACAGCUUGCAGACCCUCAGAGGCAGGUGGCUCCAGACAGGGACGACCAGUGGUCAGCAUUCCAGGGACAUCCAGCGAUCAGCAGACAGCAGCAGCUCCCAGGGCACUCAGCAGCAGACAGCCUCCAGGGACAUGCAGCCACGGAUAGUGUGCAGGGUCCCUCAGCAGCAGCGCCCAGGGCACUCAGCAGCAGACAUGGUGCAAGGGUGCUCAGUAGACAGGCUUACAGACUUGCAGGGUCUGGCAGGGUCUCAGCUGUGGGGUCUGACCUUUGAGGAGAAGGCUCAUGCAGAGCUGUGGAGACUCCCAACCCUGGGGUAUUGCAGAGGGCUACAGUCCUGACAUUUUGGGGGUCUGCAGAGUGCGCAGGGGGGAUGGCUGGGGAGGCUCCAUCCCCCUCAACCGAGCCUCCCAACAUCUUUCUGGGAGCAAGAUGAUUCCAGCAGCA